CCGCUCCCGCAGUCGCUCCGGCUCCGACAGCGAACCGGAGGGCGCCAAGAAGCCGGCGGCCGGCAGCGGCGCCGACUCGGACGGCGAGGGCGUCUCCAGGAAGCGGAAGCGCCGCAUCAUGUCGGACAGCGAGGGCGAGGAGGGCGGCGGUGCGGCUGCCGAGACGGCCCCUGCCGACGACGACGAGGCGCCGCCGACCGACGAGGCGGCAGGAGCGGCCGAACAGCCCGCCGAGGCGGCGCCGCCACAGGCCUCCGACUCUGACUCGGACGAGGGCAUCACGGCCCGCGACGGCGAGACGGAGCCCUCCGGCAUGUCUGACUUCGAGCUGAUGCGCAUGCGCAAGAAGAGCGAGAACACGCGGCGCCGCAAGCGCAAGAACAUCGAUAUCAUCAACGACAACGACGACCUGAUCAUGCAGCUGAUCCGACAGAUGCGGGAGGCGGCUGAGGAGGACCGCGAACUCAACCAGAACCGCAAGCCGGCCACGCGCAAGAUCUCCAUGCUGAAGACGGUGAUGUGGCAGCUGGGCAAGCAGGACCUGCAGCUGGCCUUCCUGGAGUCGAACGUGCUGUCGGUGCUGACCGACUGGCUGGCGCCGAUGCCGGACCGUUCGCUGCCCGCGCUCAAGAUUCGGGAGCAGAUUCUGACGCUCCUGCAGACGUUCCCGAUGCCGGACCAGCAGCUGCUGAAGUCCUCGGGCAUCGGCAAGGCCGUGAUGUACCUCUACAAACACCCUCGGGAGACGAAGGAGAACCGGCAGCUGGCGGGCAAGCUGAUCAGCACAUGGUCUCGGCCCAUUUUCAAUCUCACCACCGACUUCGCCGCAAUGUCCAAGGAGGAGCGGCAGCAGCGCGACUACGAGCAGAUGCCGAAGCGAGCCCGGGACGACGCCGAGAGCGAGGCGAGGCAGGCGGCCGGCGACGACAAACCACUGAGGCCCGGUGACCCCGGCUGGGUGGGCCGCGCUCGUGUACCCAUGCUGUCGGCCAAGGACUACGUGGUCAGGCCGCAGUGGAAGAAUAACGCUGAGAUGAGCACGGUCACCAAGAAGGAGGUCAGUCGACUGGAGCGGCACCAGCGCGCCUUCAAAGAGCGAAAGCGUCGCUCCAACAUGCAGCGCGCCGUCAACAUCAGCAUAGAGGGCCGCCGCAUGGCGCUCUGAGCAGCCGGCUGCCUAGGUACUUGGCGUGUCCGCACUCUCCCCGGAGGCGCCGCAGCACCAUGGGGAUAACGCGGUGUUCGGAGCGCCGUCGUGGAUCCAGUGCUCUUGGACCGGACCCAGCGCGAGCCCAGCCCGAGGGGACAGGGGCAGUGUUCUCGUGGGUGCAGUGUCCUCGGACCGGACCCAGCGCGAGCCCAGCCCGAGGGGACAGGGGCAGUGUUCUCGUGGGUGCAGUGUCCUCGGACCGGACCCAGCGCGAGCCCAGCCCGACAGGGGUGCGCCCCGUCCCGGCUGGGCGCCGCGCCGUCCCCGGCGUAGGCACGGCGCGCCGGCCUGUCUUUCGACUGGAGACUGCUCUGACGUCGGCAUGCGCGGCGCCUGCAGGAGCUGCAGCUCGUGUGCGCCAUGGAGCACACGCCGGGGAAGGGCUGCUGAGGCAGGGUUUGGGCGUCGACGCUGACUCCAGUCAUGCCCGACUAUGACGUCGCCGUGAGGUGGUCGCGGUGAUGGAUCGAGCCGUGAUUCAAGUGGUGUGGCGUUGCCCUGGCAUCAGCGAUGGCCACCUUACUGGGUGAUGAGCAUGCGGUGGAGCCUGCUGCCGAGGUAUGGCAGCGAGCUCGCGCCACUGAUCCGCCGCUGCUUGCGAUAUGGUGCGGAUAGCCACGUUGUCGCGGCUGAACCGGUGUUUUUGACCUGAUGCGGUGGCCAGAAAGACGCAUAAGAUGACGUGUCGCUCUCGGGAACGUCACACGCACCCCCGCGACCGUUUGUUCCGCGGCUCUCUCGUUCUGCGCCUGUGUACGCUGGGUGUCAGCCCCGCCGCGUGAGGGAGGGGAGGGGAGACGGGUGCGCGGUUACUACCGCUGGUAUGUUGGGCCCCGGCCAGUCUCAUGUCCCUGUCGUCUAGCCCGUCCGCCCUUGUCGUUGAGUCCCUUGUCAAGAUCAGCAAAUGGUGCGCCGUAGCCAUGUGAAGGUGGAGUCGGUCGGCCUACGGGGACGCCAUGUGCGGAGAACACAGGCGAUCAGCGACGGCGGGUGUGAUCCCAUGUGUGAACUAUCGUGUGUGGGUGCAGGCGAGGGGGCUCGCGCCACCUGCCACCUGGUACCUCGUGGUCGUGCCCCACAUUGCUGGAGUGUGUCCCGCUGAAUCACCUCUGUGCUCUCGUCAGUAUUUGUGGAAGUGUCCCGGGAGUCAAAUUACUCCCCCAUCGGUCGGCGCUUUUUCUCAAAAGACGAAGAGUUCCGGGUUCUCUGUAUUUAUUUAGAGAUCGAUUUUCGUCAAUAAAACAAGCACUUUGGGC